GCAGCGGUGAAAAAGUACGUUAAUGGUAGCAGUCAUGAACGGAGCAGAAGAGGGUCAAGGGAGGGGACGCUAAGCUCGUGAACGCCGACGCGCGCUCCCGCUGACGCCUACAUCCGGGAACUACAACGAACCCGCUCUUCAACAUGGCGGCGUCAGCUAAGAAGAAGAACAAGAAGGGGAAGACCCUCACUCUGACGGACUUCUUGGCAGACGACAGUGGUGGCGGCGGUGGUGUGGCCCCCAGUCACCCCGUCAAAACAACUAGUUGGGCUGAUGAAACCGAUGAUUUGGAUGGCGAUGUUUCUACUUCAUGGCACACAGAAGAUGAUUCGUUCCGGGCACCACCCAUUGACCGGUCCAUCCUGCCCACGGCACCCCGGUCAGCUCGUGAGCCCGAUAUUGACCGCUCUCGACUACCCCGCAACCCGCCCUACACCGCCUUCCUUGGCAACCUGCCCUAUGAUGUCUCUGAAGAAUCCAUUAAAGACUUCUUCCGCGGAUUGGCAAUCAGUGCGGUGCGUUUGCCUCGGGAACCAAGCAACCCUGAGAGGUUGAAGGGUUUUGGGUAUGCUGAGUUUGACGAUGUUGAUUCUCUCCUGAGGGCCUUAAGUCUCCAUGAGGAGAACCUGGGAAACCGAAGGAUACGUGUGGAUAUAGCAGACCCAUCGAAUGACAAAGAGAGAGACAGUGGACUUAUGGGAGGUCGCGAUCGAGGUGGGAGAAUGUCGGACAUGGGGCCCGACAAGACGGACAGUGACUGGAGGGCUCGGCCCACUGCAGACGCUGAUGAUGAACCUCCCAGGAGAGAUGAUGCCUUUGGAGAGAGAUCACGAGAUCGCUAUGAGUCAGAUCGUUACAGAGAUGGUCCGCGACGGGACAAUGACCGUUUUGACAGUGGAAGGGACCGCUACCGGGAGCGAUAUGAUGACAGAGACCGGAGAGAUUACGAUAGAGGAGGUUAUGACUCCCGUGGUGGUGGGGGAGGUCGUCGUGCUUUUGGCAGUGGCUACCGCCGGGAUUAUGAUGAUAGUCGAGGUAGCAACGAUCGUUACGGGGAUAGGGAUCGCUAUGGGGACCGCGAUCGCUAUGGUGAUGAUAAAUAUGAAAGACGGGAUGAUAAACGUGAGGAGAGAGGAACCGUGCAGAGGCCUAAAUUGAAUCUGAAGCCCCGCAGUGUUCCCAAGGAAGAGGAAGGUAGCAGUGGCGGUACUUCCCCAGCGGCUGCCCCACCCUCCAGCAGGGCUUCCAUCUUUGGUGGUGCUAAACCAGUAGACACAGCAGCCAAGGAAAGAGAGGUAGAAGAGAGGCUGAAAAAGGAGGAAGAAAGGCUGCAGAGACAGCUGGAGGAGGGCCGCGGUACUGACAGAAAGAUAAGAGACAGAGACCCAAGCUGGCGCAAUGAGGAACCUCAUACUGAGAGAUCUCGCACAGGAAGUGAGUCCUCCCAGCAAGGAAGUGGUUCUGGAAGAGGCUCAAGGUGUCGAGACGAGGAGCGCUCCGGAGAGAAUGAGGUUUUCAGUGGGAGGGAAGAUGAGCCCUCGUCUCCUGGGUCCUCCUCACAGCCUCCCCCCUCCAAGGAAUCUCUGAAGGUGAUGCCCGCACCUCCACCUAAAGAGAACGCCUGGGCCAAGAGAAGUGCAGCCAGUGUGGGCUCCAGCGAGGCCGAUGGGCUAUCCGCAGUCUCCCCUGUUGAUUCAGCGCCGCCCAAGUUCAGCUCCUCAAGUUCUGCCGAUGAGAGAGGAUCUGAAAAGGAUGAGAACAAGGCUGAUGGUGCCCAUGGAGACCGGGGGCCCCCACGGGCACGAGGUAGGCCUGGAGCAGGGCGGGAGCGAGGAGAGGGGCCCAACAGAGACCGAAGAAAGGAGGCAGACAGAAAGGAUAACAGAAGAGACCGAGACUCCAGACCAGCACCCGAGCCAAAGAAAUAUGAAGAAACCCCGACCCCUAAGUUCAGCUCAGCCAGUAAAUACGCUGCUUUGCUAAUGGAUGGAGACGACGCUGGGGAUGUGGAGUAGAGAAGACAAGACGCCAAGAAGAGGAGCAAAUGAACAGACAAGUCAUUUCACAUAGCUUAUAUUCUCCUCAUAUGGAAGAGGUCCCAGGGAGGACAAUCAUCCCUCCCUUUUCCCUCCUCCAAACCUUUCCUUCCUUCCUUCACUCCUUCCUUCCUCUCCUCGAGGACUUUUUCAGGUUCUACACAAUAGUCACCUAUUGGACUUGUUAUUAACGGGGAAAAAAUGAGUACCUGGCUCAUGGAAAAGUGAUGGAAAAAAUUGUAAUAAUAAAUAAAGAAGUCGGGAAAGUGAAUUUGUACAUUUGUGGAUGGGAGGAUUGAUCUGAGCUGAUGUAGCGCGACAAAACACUUUCACUCGGUGAUUUGCAUACAUGCGGCCAUUUUUAUUAGUCAUGAAAGUCCUUUUAACCCUUUAUGAAUUGAAAGCACGAAUCUUGUCUUCCAGUACUAACGUUCACUAUUAAUUCUGGAACUAACUUAUGGAACAUUUUUCAGCCAUGUGUAUAACGUCGCAACAAAAUGUUUUGAAAGGACUCAGUGACUUAAGAGCGCCACACGACUCAAGUGCCAUUAUUGCUCUCCCCCAGUCAUUGUACAGACUUGGCUCUCUUUCUAAAAGAAUCGCUUCAAUUAAAGUCUUAUCUGCUCUCCUUUUUGGCUCUUUUCCCCCAUCCUCCCCUGCUGUCUGCAAAUCAUGCUCUCUUCGCAUGAUGACCGUGGACGUUUUCAUGACAUGGCCUUCCUGCUUGCAAUAAAAGGGGCGUCAUUUAAAUAUA